AUGGGAUCCUCAAAGAAACACAAAGAAAAAGACAAGGAUAGAGACCGAGAAAAGAGGAGAGACAGGGAACGAAAACACCGUGAACGAGACAGUAAUAAAGAUCGUGACAAAGACUCGGAUAAAGAAAGGAGGAGAACGGAUGACAGAGCAAAAGAGAAGCGAAGUCAUCCAGCAGCAGAGGACGGUGAAAGUGUAGAGAAAAAAAGGGCUAAAAGAGAAGAGUAUGAUGAUUUAUAUGAGUAUGCUGUGGAGGAAUCGACGCGCGAUGAUCAUAGCAACGGUAUGGUUAAUUUGGACUGGAACGCGUGUUCAAUGUUUAAUAUGCUUUUGGUAUGGUGAGAACUAUCUGUAGCUAUUCUAGUUACCAAGCUGUUCUUAAGUGUGUUUUCCAAUGUUCUUAUCAGAUAAUGACAUGUCGCGAAACCAUCAAGAAGGUGGAGAAAUAUCACUGAGUAUUGAAGAAACAAAGUAAGCCUUAAAAAAUACUGAUGAAUGUGUACAUGUAAGGGGUGACUAUAGACCAGGUGGAUAUGUCGAUAGUAUUGCGAUAGUGGAGGUACUAUUGCAAUAGUAUCACGAUAGUUUUUUGAAAUAUCUGUUUUUAAUUAAUGCUUUAUACUUUAAGAAAUAACUGAGAAGUGGUGAUCAUAAAAUAGGGUUACUACAUGUCUGGGGUUCAAGAAUCAACGCGCUAAAAGCUAAAUUUGUGAUCCAGAGCCCCGCUUCCAGACUUGAAUUAAAGUAAUUGAAGGGACCAAUCUGUUAAUAAUAAGGUCUCGCCAUGCACCAAUCAGUAGGGAGCUGUAGCAAUUACGAGGGUGACGGCAACAAGAACAUCAAAAAGGAAUAGGUUUAAUCAGGAAAACAACAGUUACUAAUGAUUGCAAAAUUUGCAAUCAUUAGUAACUGUUGUUUUGCUGCACAUGUAGAAUGCACACCUACAAUAAUUAUAAAAUUCCCUUAGGUUUUCUCCCUAAAAAUUUAAUUCCUUUGAAAUUUUUAUUUACGUACACUGUACAUGUGAUAUUUCAAGUGAGUUAAAUAACAAUGUUUGAAAACAUGCAAGUCCUUUUUAACAGUGACAUUUUCCCUACCUGUUGCCAUCAUCAUUGCUAAAGCAUCUUGUGGUAGAUCACAGACUGGCAAAACAUCUCAAAAUCUUCAAAAUUUUGUAAGAAAAACCCUGCUUGCCCCAUUUAGGGUUGGAGAAUAUUGAUAUAUUUUUUUAUAACCUCAUUUCUAUGAUCUAUAGAUUCUGAAGUGUUUAUGUACAGUUGAUUGUUGGUGUAUUUUAUCUUGUUUUGAGCUGCAACCAAGUUGUGCGGGUGACAAGAGGAGCCCACAAUCCUAAUCUCUAGGUUGUUAUUACACAUGCGUCGUCACUAAACAUGAAUGGAAUGCGCCAUACGCAAUUUUUUCAUGCACGUUUCAACCUUCUACCCUUGUAAUCUGAUACCAUGUAUUUUGACCAAAGGUGAAAUUCACAUAAAAGUGCAGUGUUGGAGCAAAAGCAUUUUGACUGCAUUUGGACCUCCGAUCACUGCCACGUGCACUCCAUAGUUCUAUAUAUUCUGGUUCUCUUACGUUUUACUGUUACUGGGGCACAGGUUGUCAGUUCUUUUAGUGAGGUUGACUUUGUUACAGUAUUUAAUGGUUUGUUGUAUCAAUGUGCUGCUGUACUGACCAAUUUAUGGUAAUACUUUUCAGUAAAUUAAGAAUCAAACUUGGACUUAAGCCACUUGAAAUCCCUGAUUCAUCAGCAGACACAGAAGGUAAAGUACAUCUCUGCACAAUCUAUGUUACAGGUCAAUUUUGAUUUCAGGUUGAAGUUUUUUAACCUACAGUGUAGGUUGAUUAUCAAUUUCCUUUGUCGGCACAGACAUGAUCUAAUCCUGGCUAUUACUGUCUGCGAAGCAACAAUAAGAUCCCUCAAACCUGACUGGCAAAUUGACAAUGGCUUUUUGAACAGACCAAACAUAGCACCUACUCAAAUCCUGUCACACAGCAUGCAUGCCAACCCUCCCAGAUUAUCGAGAAGUCUCCCAGAUACGACACCAAUCUCCCGGUCUCCCAUACAGGUCACCAUAACAACUGAAUAAAAUCAUCUUUGCAGCUUUUCUGUGCCUUAGUUUGAGAUUUAGCCCAAUUUUAGCUCAAAACUUGAAAUUUUCUUGUUCGUAGUAUAGUUUCUAGGGCAUUUUUGCACCUAUUUAGUCAUUGACAAAGAUUUUUUCUGGAACCAAAACGAUGAUUGCAAGUUUUGAUGGUAUUUACAAUGUACUUCAAGUAAGACUUCAUAUAAUGUCCUAAGUCAUACCCAUAUUUGUCGGGGUUGGGGAGGGGGGGGUGGGGGUUCAUUGAAUUUCAGGGGGGUAGUGAAAAAGAGAGAAACUCCAGAUUUUAGAUCUUCAGAGGUUGGCAUCUCUGACACAGGCAGGGGUUCAGAAAAAGGAUUUCAGUCCAAGGCCCGCUGUUCGAAGGCCAAUUAGCGCUUAACCCAGGGUUAAAUUUAACCCGGGUUUCUCUUUCUUGUGUUCAAAAACAUUUUCACAGAUAAUUUUCUCUGUUAUUUUUAGAGCUUCCAGUCAUCAACUUGUAGACAAAAAGAAUUAAAACGGAAAUGCUUUUUAAGAGCGUGUCUCCGUAAAAACCGACCAGUGAUUUCGGAUCAAAAAAUUAAUUUCCCUUAUAUUCUGGGAUAUUAAAGCCUUCACCUUAGUAGUUACAAAAAUACAUUUCGUUUGACCGAAAGUGAUAAAUAUAUUUUUUUACGAAUUUUUGAAUUUCCGGACGAUUAGCGCUGGCGUCAUAGCCUUUCAAACUGCAAAAAUCGCUAAUAUUGACCGUGCUCUAGAAAACGAACAACUCGCUCAAAAAGCAUGAUUUUCUUUUCCGUAUACAGAUACACCACUGUAGAUUUCCUAGCCAUAUCACAGUUUCGAAGUAUUUGUUUAUUUCAACGGCAAUGAUUUUUUCCCCAGCACGUGUUUUCGGCUUUCCAUCAAAACACGAAAGUAGCUCAACUUUGAGGGUAAUUGGGUGAUUCCAGAAAAUAUCCAUACCCUACCACGGGUGGCAUGAGUAUUUUAACCCCCCCUUGCCCUCGGAAAUUCCAAAAUGCUUAUCCCCCCCCUUGCCCUCGGAAUUCCAAAAUCACUAACCCCCCCUCUCCUCCGGAAUUUUCCACUUUUGUUUCAGACCCUUUGGAAUUCCUGUUCGUCUGCCUAAAUCUUCAAACGAACGAGAAACUUGCACUUUUUCCCUCUGCAAAAGAAUUCUGUUCAUAAACAGUUUUGAAUUAAACAGCGCAUCAAAAGGCACGGUGUCGGAUUUUACUACCUACAUGUUGGCGUGAAAAUCGGCGUGACAUACAAAAUCUGUCAGGCGUUCUAUUUGGAAACGAGAGACUGGUGCGAGUUUUCAGCACGCAACAACACAUCGUCGAUCGACAAUCGGCGAGAAACACCGACUUGGUUAUAUUUUUAUUGAUCAGUUGACUAAUUCAUCAACUUUAAGGCCUCUUCGAUGUGGAGCUUGCUGCACAAACCAUCUGCUUACCCAUCUGCAUGAACGCAUACUUCUUCCGUGGUCGGUUCGUGCUUCAUUUACAAACUGGGAAUGUUAACAGGUCAGCGAUUUCAAGCGGAGCUUUCGCCGUCUUUCCUCUGGAAAUUCACUGAAUUCAGAGCUGAAACACCCCCCCAUGCCUUUGGAAUUCCAAACUGCGUUACCCCCCCCACGUCUUCGGAAUUCCAGUCCAAGAAACCCCCCCUCUCCCUCGGAAUUCCAAGAUGCCGCCCGUGGUAUGGUAUGGAUAUUUUCUGGAAUCACCCAUUUUAAAAAGUGUGGCACCUGUCUGAACUUCGCUAUCUGUAUGAAUACAAUCUAGGAAUGAUAGAAAAACACAAAAAGGAAUAACAUUUUUGUGCUCUCCACGUUUUCAGAAGAGACCGCCGUUUGAAUUUCCAGAAAUUUCGUAAACUUGAUAAUUAACGAACACUCGCCUUGUCGAUCUGCUUGUCAAGGUCGAACUUCAUUUGAUGGUGUGAUAUAUCUUAUCCAAGUUCUUUCACAUUUUAAGGUUAUUUCUCAAUCAUCUGAAACUAUAUUGGCCGUUGAUUCCAUGUCCUUUGUCCGUUUAAAGAAGUUAUCUGGUUUAUAAAAUGGCAGCCAUCCGCGAGCGUGACUGGUUCGUGACACCGUCCUGAAAGGUCUUUUGCUAAAAUUAGUUGGGUGCAAUCUUGUUCAUUGAGAUUAUACUCUUCAAGACAUCGCAGUGAAAUUUGUAGGGCAAAUAAAACACGUUCCUUUGCAAAUACGACGCGAUGAGUCGCUGACAAAGCGUUUUAACCAAGUCUUCUGACAAACUUGAAAAAUGCGUGACUUUGUAUUUCAUCCCCAGUUCUCCUGCAUUGGGUGAUGACCUGAACAAAUACUAGGUCGUUCACUUGUUUAUUAACUUCUUAGGUUGUAAUGUCCCUCUUGGUUUUUGUAGAGGAUAUUUUUGCUCCUGAAGUAGCCGCUUUAACUCUAAAAACAUAGAAUUUUUUGUUUAAAACCUGUCCUUCAAGUUCAACGGCAUCUUUUAUCUAGUUUGUAUAAAAGUAAUAGAGAUCGUCAUCAGUUGCGAGCGUGACACGGUUGUUUCCUAACAUUUUCUGUAAAGUUCGAUGUGAUUAACAUUGAAUCGCCAUACUUCGAUACAUUUUCUUCUUCAGCUUAACAUAAACGCACUGACAAAAAUGGUUCAACACAUUUCAGCUAAGAGAAUUGAGAAACCAUGGCCACGCUACUACAGUUUCCACGUCCUUCCCAGGACCCCACGCUGCGCGGAAAUUCAUUGAACUGGACCCUGGCAUUCACAUUCCGUGCUGUUCUCAUAUCCUUUUCAACCUGAACAGGGUCCGCCUUUUGCGCCAGUUCGCUCACCAAUUUCAAACUUGGCUGUAAGAUAUUCUUUAACCUCACGAGAAAACCGGAUGGAACCUGCGUGGGCCUUGCUUAGUGCCCAUCCCAUCUGCAGGGUGUCUACGUCAGUUGAUGAUUCGGACGCCAACAUAAAUGGUGUAGAUUUUUUCACAGCCACGUCCACUGAUGUAAAUUUUGUUGCCCAGUCCUUUCUGAUCUUGUUUACUCAAGUCUGGGCUUAGAGAAGAUAAUGUCACAGUUUUUCAAAUUUCAAUGACCAUGAAAGUCAGAGUCCGGGUAGUUAGUUAAUCAAUUGUGGCUCUGAAAAAAAAUUUGAAGGAAAAAAAAACUACUUAAUUUUUAAGAAAAUGCUGUUUUCGUGAGAAGGCUCUUAAACGCUGACAAACGUCAACAAAUAGCGAAAACUAUAAUUUCUAUAUGUUUGCUUUGCUCGAAAUCACGCGCAUUUACAAGGCCCUAAAGCUCUUUGCUGACUUGCAAGGACCCAUCUGUUAUAACGAUGCCCAAAAUAAAGGGAUGAAUCUCAUAGUUUAUUAGAUAUAAUCGUGUAAAGUUUGCUUAUCAUUUUCACAUAAAUUAUGACCUAAAUUUGGAAACCGCUGAAUUUCUCGAAUUGGGUCUUUGCGAUUUUGGUUGGGCAAGGCACUAAUGCGCACUAUGUGUAGCCGAGAAAUUUUCACGAAAAAAUACCGGCAACAGCAGAUUUUUGACUCAGACCUCAAAGGGGCGUGGCAUUAUAACCACAUGACAUUUACUCCGAUCGCCAAAAAUUUUAUGUUGUAUUGUAGAUUGAUCUAUACGUUAUACAUUCUAUGUGUUAGACUUACGAUAAAAGUAAAGGUGGGGAUACCAGAGAGCUUCAAAGUAGGAUGGCACCCCCCCCCCCAAAAAAAAACUGGGUCAAGUCACCUUAAACACACCUUGUCUCUUCAUAUUCCCCUAAUUUCUCACUCUCAGUGUUUUCCCCCAGCCAAUGUUUAUUUUCCUCAUAUUUUUGUCUUUGCUUCUUGACACAAGUAGUGCAAAUUGCUGUGCAUUAAAAAGUAUCACAAUGAUGAAUUUAACUUUUAGUCAAAGUCGAUUCGUAGCGUAAAACUUACUUUUAGAACCAACACUGAAUUGAUAUUUGACAACUGGCAAAAUAAACUCAAAACAGUUUUUAAUCUCGCGGUUAGGUCUUGAGGUGUCGGAAAAAUAGUUUUCAGGAUAUAGCAUAUAGCAGGGUUAAAAAACGUUUCAAAUACAAAAUCCCCGAUACUCACAAAAUAGGGUUUUUAAAGAAGGGGAACAUUGCCAAGUGUUUCGCAUAAUUUCGUGGGUCACGUGCAUGUAGGCUACUUUACCGAAAUUAUCUCUUACUUUGAAAAAUAGAACGCUAUGAAUCAACGUAAAAAAUAGACAGUCCUGUAAAGACAUUCUAAGCACCUUUUAAAUCUCGCAAAAAUCCAGGAAUACUUGGGCGCUUUCCAUUUACGAAAAAAAACCGGAAAUUUCGGUGGCAGCAAAAGUGGAAUUUCCGAUUGGUAAAAAGUUGUUCCAUUUGGUCGUAAACCCCGGUACGUGGCCGGGUGCCCGACCGUGGACCUGGAACUGGUACAAACUACGAGAAACGUAAAUGGAACACGACAUUCCGUUCGGAAAUUCCAACCGGGAAAACGGGACCACCUUUUUAGAUUUUCCACUUUUUCUGGGAAUUUUCCAGUGGGACGAACCGACGAAACGUGUUCCAUUUACCGCCGAACCGGAAAUUCCGGAAAUUUUGACUAAAUGGAAAGCGCCCCUUGUGUAUUUUUGAACGUCUGUGUUGUAACAAAUAUACUUGUCCUAAUUAUACUAACGCGCUUGACCAAACAAUGUAAAACAAGAAUGUUCAUUUCAUACUUGUUAUUUACUCAAUCCAAGAUUUCUACACUUACAUCGUGGCACUGUUGCCAAAAAAUAUAACUGGUUAUGAUAUAAAUAGCCGGAAAAAUAAACACCUUAUGGAACGAUUCCCUUUCAAGGUUUUACAACAACGUUGAAUGGUUAUUCCCUCGACCUUCUCUUUUAGUCUUUAUUUAUAAUUAGAUUUAAAGUUUGUUACACAAUUCGGAAUACUUGACCAUGACAUUUACCUCGGUUUUAAGAGUUCUUUUAUUCUAUUGAAAGUUAAAAGUAAAGGCGCCUCACAUACGUCGGUACUUGAAAUGAUCAUUUCAUCAUUAUCUGAAAGACAAACCUUUUAAACGCCCUCUUCAUCAGUACUCCGUUUUACGGGUAUUUAAGCUACUUGAAGCUACACGGAAAGAAUUUCUCACACCUGGCCAUGGACAUCAAUCUCAAGACCUCUCACACAGAAGACUCCAAGGGCUCUUUAAUAACCAACUGUGUCAAUCGUUGCUCCUCAAAAAAGGGAAAACGUAAAAUAUUGUGUAGUAGAAUGCUUACCUGACCCAAUGGGAAUUGUGAUUCCAAAAAUUGCGUGAAUAUUCUUGGACAUCUCCAAGUUGAUAACAUGAUUAUUUUUUAGCUUUUUCCUUGCUCCUGAAUGAAGAGGAUAUCGACAUGUCCUCAACGGACGCCAGUUGCGACCCAAAUUAUGUCUGUGUUUUGGACACACGAACAUUUCUUCUUGCCGGUGUUUUGGCACAUCGAAUAGCCCCGCCCUGACUAGUAUCAGUUCGCACUCCAUCAUUCCAGAUAGUUUUGAAAGAUGGCAUGUCUUCAAGUGGAUCGUUAUAUCUUUCUGGCAUUCUCGCAACCUACAUACUGUAUCCGAACCUCGAAAACCUCCAAAACUAGAUUUUCCGAAGCCCGAGAAAGAACACUUCACUGUAUCAGUAGCCAUGUUACCCCUUGUUUGAUUUGUGUCCAGUCCAGAAGGACUGGGGAUGAAAUACAAAAAGUCACGCAAAUUUCAACUUUAAUCUGAACUGGGUUAAAUCGCCUUGUUAGCGACUCAUCGCGUUUUAUUUGCAAAGAAAAGUGUUUUAUUUGCUCUACAAAUUUCCCCGCGAUGUCUUGAAGAGUAAUCUCAAUGAACAAGAUUGCAUCCAACUAAUGUUAGCAAAAGACCUUUCAGGACGGUGUCACGAACCAGUCACGCUGGCGGAUACUGCCAUUUUAUAAACAAGAUAACUUCUUAAAACGGACCAAGGACAUGGAAUCAACGGCCAAUAUAGUUUCAGAUGAUUAAGAAAUAACCUUAAAAUGUGAAAGAACUUGGAUAAGACCCAUCAAGCCAUCAAAUGAAGUUGGACUUUGACAAGCAGAUCGACAAGGCGAGUGUUCGUUAAUUAUCUGGUUUACGAAAUUUCUGGAAAUUCAAACGGCGGCCUAUUCUGAAAACGUGGAGAGCACAAAAAUGUUAUUCCUUUUUGAGUUUUAUUAUCAUUCCUAGAUUGUAUUCAUACAGAUAGCGAAGCUCAGACAGGUGCCACACUUUUUUAAAAUUACCCUCAAAGUUGAGCUACUUUAGGUGUUUUGAUGGAAAGCCGAAAACACGUGCUGGGGAAAAAAAUCAUUGCCGUUGGAAAUAAACAAAUAAUUCGGAACUGUGAUACGGCUAGGAAAUCUACAGUGGUGUAUCUGAAUACGGAAAAGAAAAUCAGUCUUUUUAAGCCAGGUGUUUGUUUUCUAGAGCGGUCAAUAUUAGCGAUUUUCGCACUUUGAACGGCUAUGGCGCCGGCGCUGACCGCCCGGAAAUUCAAAAAUUCGUAAAAAAAUAUAUUUAUCACUUUCGGUCAAACGAAAUGCAUUUUUGCAACUACUAAGGUGGAGGCUUUAAUAUCCCAGAAUAUAAGGAAAAUUAAUUUUUUGAUCCAAAAUCACUGGUCGGUUUUUACGGAGACACGCUCUUAAGCUUGCAAAUCUGAAUUCAAAUCUCACACUAACCCUGAACAACUCGGCCCUGGCUUGCAGAUGGACUUAACCAGAGAUUUAGUUUCAUCUGUGGUGUAGGCUACUAGUAAGGACUAGCUACAGAUAGAAGGCAAUAGAAAUUGAGGAUCAACUUACAACCCUGUAGCUAAAGGUAAAUUCAAAAGUCACCUCAAAUCAAAAUUUGACCUGUAACAAAAUACACCAUCUUACAUCUUCAAUUAAUUCUGUCAAUUUUGUUGCAAGUAUAAAGUUAUUAACCCAUUUGCCUCUGAGCUGCUCAUAAUGUCCGUGCACAUCCACGUUUUUUCUACCGCUUGUGAUGUCAUCAGUUUCAAUGGUCAAGGACAAUUUUGUCUGCUAACUUGUGCAGAGUGAAGAGAUCUUUCAAACCAUACCAGAAUGAGCACAAUAAUUAUUAUUCAGUCAAUGCAGGGGCGGAUCCAGGAUUUUUUUUAGGAGGGGGUGCACUCGUCUCUUGCUCUACUUCAACACCAAUAAAUCACAUAGUUUUUUUUUUUUGCAGAAUACCAAUUGUAUUAGAAAACCGCAGGUCAUCUCAGGGGAGGGUGCGCACCCCCUGCACCCUCCCCCUAGAUCCGCUCCUGCAAUGACUCCAGAGAAAAAGGCAAAAAAACCAUGUAACAUUGACCUGAAAAUUUCCAGGCAAAUCUUUUUCCACCACCCACCUAUCUUUCCUUUCAUAUAAUCCUAAAAAGCUUUCUCAAAAGCUUUCUCAAAACCUUUUUCCACCAAAAUGAAGCCUACUAAAUGCCCAGCAAGAGAAAAAAAAAUGAGGCAAGAAAAGCAUAAAGUUGUCCUUGACCGUUUAAACAGAUGGCGUCACAAAGGGAAGAAAGGACGUGGAUCCGCAGGAGCGGUUACAGGCGGUUCAGGGGCGAAUGGGUUAAUAUACCAGUUAGGUUAAAAAAUUACAAGAACUGGUUAAUUUAUGCAGUUUUUUCAAGUUUGAACUCUUUGCAGUCAUUAGCAAAGAAAAUAGCAGCAAUUAGAAACUGUAAAAUUACUGGGUGGCAAAACAUUAAUGAACUUUGUAAAUUUUGUAAGCCUAUGCUAAUGAGGCAAAAACUAUAAACAAGGAUUCAUCAGGUGAGGACAAAACAUGGACCAGGGGUCCAUGGACCCCCUCUUUAGACCGGGUCCAUGGACCAAUUUCAUGGACCAGGUCCAUGGACCUCCUGUCAUGGACCAGGUCCAUGGACAGUUUUUUUAUUUUUAUAAGAAGGUUUUGCACUAAGUCCAUGGACACUCAAAAACAGAAAUAGUGCCAAAAAAAGAUUUGACAAGACGUUGUCGACCAAUGCUCACGAUUGAUCACAAAUAUUUAGUUGAGCUUACAUGACGUACACUCUGCUUGCACAUAUGCAGUUGCAAGACUGUUAAAUUAAGCUAAUUCAAAAGUUAUCAUCAAGAGAGGAAUUACGCGCUCCAGUACAAAGACUCGCAUCACCCUUAGAAAAACAAGCUGGAGUUAAGAAUUCAUUGCUUUUAGAGCAAUCAUGACUGAGUCACAUCGCAAUUCUCCAUAUAUAGUUGAUGUAGUUUCAGGUUAAGCUACAAUCCAUUGCCACUUCUUCUUCUUCGCGAUCUGGAUCUGUAAAUCACUAUCCGUGAGAAUUUAUAAUCGUCCUGCUGAAAGCGCUAAGGAGCUGGGCCCAGCGUGACAAAACAUUGCAGGAAAAACUGACAUUCGUGGACAAAAAGAAAGUGGCUUAGAAUUAUUCAGAUCCAGGAUGCACUUUGGAGAUAUUAAACAACCUAACACCCUUUCAAUCAGCCGCAAUGAACAGCUUUACAUUUUAAAAGAGGUAGAAAAUCAAUAUGUGUGUCACGACCUCCCAGUAGGAAAUAAGCGGCAAAAAUUCACAUUUGCUCAGUCAAAAGGUUUUCCUCCGAAGCAUAAUCUACCCAUCACAGAAAACAAUUCAUUGGAACAAGCAGCAUUUUGGCAUGAGGUACCGACCUCCCCCCCUUUUUUUACACUUUGUAAGCACAAUUAAACAUUACUGAUCAAUCGAGCAUUAUACCUGCCAACUUUUUCUGAGUUAUAAGCGUGAGAUUUUUAUCCUGGGAGUGCUGGGAUUUUUGCAGACGACACAAUCAUUUCCGAAGAUUCCCGAAGAAGUCCAAAGUCUUCCGAAGACGUCUGAAGUCUGCCAAAGGCUAAGUUAUCGAGAAAACGCUUAUCCACAAAAUCAGAGAUCGAGAGGAAGAUAUUGUCAUUUAUUCAUUUUACACAUGGUUUUCGUUCCUUACAUGGGUCUGAGUUAACAUAUUUUUGAAAAUUGUGUCAAGCUAGACGGCAACAACUCACAUUUUUCAAUCAGGCGUGAGAAAUUGGCCCGCAGGUGUGAGCCGGCGUGAGAUCGAAGUUUUCAACCUGCAGGCGUGAGAGUUGGCAGGUAUAGAGCAUUGUUUGUUGUUGUUGUUGUUUUUUAACUUAUUUUUGCACUAUUUCUGUUUUUGUUCAUUUCUCGUUAUUAAAAAAACUGUCCAUGGACCCGGUCCAUGACAGGGGGUCCAUGGGCCCGGUCCAUAAAGUGGUCCAUGGACCCGGUCCAAAGUGGGGGUCCAUGGACCCCUGGUCCAUGUUUUGUCCUCACCUGGAUUCAUCUAUAGCUAUUGGACCUCACCAUCAAAAUAACUUAAGCGUAGAACUUAUUCAUGCAGUUUGUCAUACAGAUGUACAUUGUACAGAAUGUAUGAUAUCCUGAAACCUUUAGAGUCAAUUUUUUCUUUCAAUCCUGCUCAGGCAAAACCACUUCAUCCAAAGAAGAUGUUCAUGUUCCUGCAACCAACAUUUCUGACCAGAAAGAAACUGAAAAUGUAAGUUUGUUGUUUUAGUUGCCCUAACUUUGCUUACAGUUGUACUAUAUGUACACGUACAUGUAAAAUUUUACAUAAAGAUAUGCUACUUUAAUAGGGAUUCCAGUAACUUUUGAAAUAAUCAGAGUUAGAAAAAAAUGGUGGGAGUUUGAGACAGUUAGAGUGAUUUUCGUAUGACCUUGAACAAUGGUUUCAGUAAGUGUACAUUAUUUGUUUUAACAGUCAAUGGAUGAAAAGAUCAAAACAGGGCCUCUUCGUUUUCACCCUAAUAUCAUUAUGGAGAGGGCAUUAUUUGAUUGGCCAAUCAUGUUGCAGUAUGACAUCACAGCAAAGUAUCGGUUGAUUUCCAGCAAGUUCUUGGGCAUGAAGUUUUUUCAGCCAAGUGUUCCCUUAACCAACCAAAAGCCACCUGCAUUUGUAUCUGUUCAAUAAACCAAUCAAUUUGCUCUAUUUCCGUUCUUUUGUUGUUUCUGUAUUGUUUGCGCAUUUUCAUUUCAAGGUCAUACGUAAAUUGCUCUAAUAGACAUCUCCAUGGUUGUUUUCAAAAUUUUGACUAUGACCAGUGAGCAAUAAACUGUCAACAUGACAGGAAAGAACGCCUUAAAAUCUGUAAAGCCGCCAUAUUUGAAAGUGAUUUUUUGGAAUCUAACAAAGAUAUAGCUGUGCAAAGUCAUAAAAAUGUACAGACAUUGGUACACUGUAUGGUGGGGGCCAGAUGUUCCCCCUACACACACACAGACCACCAGCGUACGGUACAAAUGUCCACAAAAAUUUUGCUUGCAAUAAUUAUCUUUGCUUGCUUUGUGGGCAUAUCACCUUUGGAUUACUGACUUACAUGUACUAGUCAAAAAUUGAAGGGAAAAAUGUGGAAGGUCUAUUGUAGUGCCUGUAAGAAUUAAUAUAAAAGUUAAGACCCACCCAUGUAUAGGUACAUGUUGAACUUUGAGUAAGGCAAAUUCUCUAAAAUACAACUAAAUUCAUGAUUCUUUCUCUCCCUUUUUCUCCCAUUUUCUCCUGUUGAACCCAGUCAUGGCUGAGAGAGUUUGCUUACAGGCUACGUGUGUGACCACUGAUUCUCGAAGAUGAUUUUUUUUUCGCUUGACAUCUUUUUGUUCUGCUUUGUACAUUGUGCAUUUACUGUGUGGAAUUGUCGAGGAGAACUGAUAAUUACGAGAAGAGUCAAAUUUAUUGAUCUUUCCUGGAAAAUUCAUAAUUUAUACUGCUUCAUGUACAUGUCCCCUGUAAGUGUUUCUGCAUGAUGUCUUGUUGCAUGAAGAACGAGACACACCCAAGUAAAAUUUAAUUCUGUCUUUUUAUACACUAUUACAAUAAUAUUUAGUUUAAAAGAAAGCUGGAAGAAAUGAGAGAAAAGAGAAGAAUAAACAAGAAACUAGGGUGAGUUUAAUUAGUAGUUAAAUGUCAAUUUGUACAAAAAUUACAGAAGAAUAAGUACGUAUACACACAUGUGAUUCUCAUGUACAUGUCCAUUACAUGUAGUUGCACUAAAAAUUAUUAUUGUUUGGUCUCCUUUCUCAAUUUCCCUGCUGAUUUUAAGAAAACUUUGUCUUAUCGUUAGAAGCUUUCAUAGUAGAAAAUAUUGAUAUUAUUUUAUUGAUCUGUGAAGAGGAGAAAAAAUUCCAUUAUUCUUGUGGAGGUGACCCUAUGACUUACUUUUGCACAACCAACGCUUUACUGUUUGAACUGCACACCAAGGUGUUAUAGGUCAAAACUGAAUUUCAGUUAACUGUGGUCUUUUUCUCCUAGCUCUAAUAAUGUAAUUAUCUGUGAUUUAGGGCUAGGAGACAAAGGAAAUUGAUAAUCAACCUUAAUUGAAACAUUUUAACCUAAAAUAUUUAAUUAUGAGCUAUAAUAUGAAUCAUGCACAAGUCAGCUGGAAGUUAGUCUGCUACACAGCCGUUUUUAGUGUCGUCACGCAACGCUCCUCCCUUGCGUGACGACACUAAAAACGGCUGUGUAGCAGACUAGCUGGAAGUAGGCCAUGCAAAAUCUCUUCAUUACAGCUGCAGGUGGAAUGUGUCCCUGGUUCUUGAUCAAUACUUGUGCAAAAUAGUAAUCAUUACUACAAUCUAUACUGUCUCUUUUCUCAUUGUUAUUAAAUUUAUCUUGCAAAAACUUCCAUUGAACUGUGGCUUGUAUCUUUUCUUGCAUAGUAAAGUAAAAAGUCUGGGUGCAGCAGAUAGUGAUGAUGAUGAUUCUGCUGCUUCUUGGGUGGCCAAGAGCAGGAAGAAGGAGAACGAAAAAAGCCUGGCUGAGAAACGAGUAAGUUACCAUCAUAGUUUGCACAAUCUUGAAAAGGUCUUGAAUUUUAGUAGUCAUCUUGAAAAGUCCUUGAAUUUGUUUAAUUCAUUUACAUUUGGCAGGGCUAAACAUAGUGACAGUGACAGAGAAUGUAAAUACUUCCCAUUAUCAGAUGCACUUUCAGAUCUGGGUAGUGCUUCUGAUUGGUCGUGCCGCCUGGGAAAUUUGCUUCAACCAAUCAGAAGUACUACCCAGAUCUGGGUAGUAACAUGCCAUCAGUAUGGAAUUUCUGUGCUCAUUUCUCAGACAUCGUUUGUCAGGGGAAACAGUGGUGGCAUUGUGAAAUGGCAGCUGUUUUCUGUUUUCUCAGGCUAUAGUAAAUACGGUAACCCUCUAUAAGCCUCUCUUUACUUGGUAGAUCAGAGAUGAGACCACUCAGUGUCCGGGAAUUGAUGGGUUCAAUCCCUUGUUGUGCAUGGAUGUAAUAUUGUUAGCUUUCUUCUCUAGUAUAUCGACCGGUGCUACUGUUUUCAGAGACAAGCAGUAGUACGCAUGUCAUGUUACAACUUUGCUGUAAUAAAAUUAAUAUAAAAAUAUUAUAAUUCUAUAAGAAUAAUAAUAAUAUCAUUGUGGUCUAUAGCUUCUAUGAGAGCACCCACUAGCCUCGCCCAGGUUUAACCAGACUGUAGGUAAGAAAGGGUUCUUGACUUUUUAACAUAAUUGAGUAAAAUGAUUUUUUCUCCUGUAGGCUAAAUUACUGGCAGAAAUGGAUGAGGAGUUUGGGAUAAGUGACCUGGUAGAGGAGGAAGUUGGUUCUCUUACUAGGCCAACAAGACAAGUAAAGAUAUUCAAUACAAUUCUUAAUAAACCACUCAUAUUAUCAUCAAAAGUGUAAACUAUAAGCAGUUGAAGAGGUACUUGGAAAAAACUAGUCAUACGGGAUUUCUGAUCAAACUGCUCAACUCUUCUUUUAUUAAUCUCAAUGAUGUUUACCUGUCAUGUAUAAAGCUAAGAGAGAUCAAGAGUUCAUUUAGAGCCUAUUUUUCUUACACCUUUUGAAGAAAUUCAUUAGGCUAGUAAGUUCAAAUAAUUAUCUAUUCAAACGUU